CUUCUCGCUCGUGAUCUAAACCUUUGGUCUCGGCCCCACUCGUGCCUCCUCCCGUCCGCCCCCCCCUCGCGCGCGCGCCCGCCCGCGAGUGAGUAAGUGCGCGUGCGUGUCAGGGACGCUGCAGCUUCACUCUUUCCCUGUUUUCCCUGUAUCUCUCUCUCCUUCUCUCUCUCACAUCAGUCCUCUCACUGUUCUCACUGAUGACACGGUGGAUGUAACGCAGCAGGCCGGUACGCGGACGCCUUUCCGCCUUGAGUCCACGUUUCCGCCCCGCCCCUUUUUCCUUGCCUCCCUCUCAGUGCGCCGGCGGCCAUGGAGAGCUCAUCGGUGGCGUCGGCAUCGUCAGAGGCGGGAAGCACGCGCUCGCAGGAGAUCGAGGAGCUGGAGCGAUUUAUCGACAGCUACGUCCUUGAAUAUCAAGUACACGGACUUAUAAACGACAAGAACGACAAUGAGAACGACAACGCAGACAAGAAGCAGACCAACGUCUCUCAGUGGACGGAGGACUGCAGCGAUAAGAUAGAUGGGAGCUGGUCGUCCUCGCGGGGUAGAGGCUCGUCCAAACCGGACGAGUGGGAACACAGCAGUAACGGAAGUACAGGUUCCAGACCGAGCUCGGGUUCUCGGCCCGGAUCCGGUUCGAGAUCAGGAAGUCAAGGACACAACAAGCAGUUUUGUGCACCGUCCAAGAAUGGAAACAGAGAGGGCUCACUUGACAUCCUGGGGACAGACAUAUGGGCCGCCAACACCAUGGAAUCCCACGGUGGCGCGACAUGGGACCUGCAGCCAGAGAAGCUGGAUUUCUCACAGUUUCACAGGAAGCAGUACAGAGGGACACCAAAGCCUCUCCCACACAUCGACCGUGAGGGGAUGAUGAAGAGCAGAUUCGAGGGCGAUAGUAUUGAUCUGAACGACAUCGAGAGGUUCCUGCCAGCCCUCCCAGUUUUCCCACCGCUGCCCAACGAAUCCGAGAUCGCUCACACCAAAAAGCUGUUCCGUCGCCGCCGAAACGACCGCCGAGCGGGUGAGGCUGCGCAGGAUGAGCUGACCGUGGUGCUGCCCUGCGACAGGAAACGCCAGGUGUCCAGGAGACAGCAGCGUUCUUCUGGAGGGUUAGGAAGUGGGGGAGGUGGAGGACCUAAACCACACAAUCUCCAGCAGCAGCAGCAGCAUCAGCCUCCAAAUUCCCAACAUCAGCAUCAGAUGACCAAUCAAAUGCAACAGCUUAUCGCCGAACCCCUGUCAGAAGGCUUCAAUGCCAAGCACGGGCACGCAGGGAGGGGCUACCAGACCAGCCUGCAGGGCCACGGGCAUCACCACGGUUACAGCCAGAACCGGCGCUGGCACCAGCAGCACAGGCAGCAGCCGGCCCAGAGGAACACCAAAGAGACAGACAGCAUGAAGGAGGAGGCGAAUGUAGAGCGUAGCGUGACGGACAGCACCGGAGGAGACUAUGGAAAGCAGGAGAAGACAGAGGGAGGGAAAGUCAGCCUGCUGCAGUCCUCUAAAGAGCGUCUGAGGAAGAGACUGAAAGACAAGGACGAGGUUCCCGCGGUGACGCCGGGGCCUCAGCGGAGCCGCAUGGACAAGCUGCUGGAGAUCCUGAACAGCAUGAGGAGCAACAGCAGCAGCGUCGACGCACAGCUCACUUCCUUCAUGGAGGAGGCGCAGAGUUCGGCCCAGUCGGAACAGACACUCUGCGAGAUCGUGCACACCAUCUACAGCAAAGCCGUCCGCGACCGAGGCUUUGCUGCGACUGGCGCCAAACUCUGCUACAAGAUGGCGCUCUUCAUGGUCGAGGGAACCAAGUUUCGCUCGCUGCUCCUCAACAUGUUACAGAGGGACUUUUCCCGGCGUGAGGAGUUGCGGCAGACAGACGUAGAGAGCUGGCUGGGCUUCAUCACCUUCCUGUGUGAGGUGUUCAGCACCAUGAGGAGCAGCACAGGAGAGCCGUUCCGAGUGCUCGUGUGUCCCAUUUACACCUGCUUACGAGAGUUGCUGGAGUCGGUGGAGGUGAAGGAAGACGCUGUGCUCUGCUGCUCCAUGGAGCUGCAGAGCGCCGGGCGUUUGUUGGAGGAGCAGUUGCCGGAGAUGAUGAUGGAGCUGCUGGCCGCAGUGAGGGAUAAGAUGCUGAGUCCCUCCGAGUCUCCGCUCACACGCUCACUGCUCAUGGAGGUCAUCGAGCUUCACGCUCAUCAGUGGAACCCCCUGGAGGCCCUCACCACGCAGUACUACAACAGAACCAUCCAGAAGCUCACUGCAUGACCUCCACACACACACACAUACAUAUAUACACACACACAAUGAUUGAGCCCUCUGGAGGCCCUAAUCACUCAGUACUACAAGAGACAAAAUGACCAUGUGAUAAAACUAACACUCGUUUAUGUGUAAAGACAAGGCCUGCUGCUCGGAUGGACGGAUGGAUGGAGAGAUGAAUCAGAUGAUAGAUAGAUGAAUGAGAGGAUGGAUGGGUGAAUUAGAGGAUGGAUGAACAGACAGAUGAAUGACAUUGGGUAAAUUAGUGGAUGGAUGGAUGGAUGGAUAAGUGAAUAGGAGUAUAGAUGGAUGGAAAGACAGACGGAUGGAUGAGUGUGAGGAUGGUGGAUGAAUUACACAAUGCCAGGGCGGAAGGACGGAUGGUUGGUUGGUUGGACAGAUAGAUUGGACGAUGGAUUGCUGGAUGGAUUAAUGUAUAAUUCAAAGGAUGGAUUAUAUAGAUGGAUGGACAAAGUGGGUGUGUGGUGUGGUGUGGAUGGAUGGAUAGAUGGAUAGAUAGAUGGAUGGAUGGAUGGAUACUAAACAGGAGAUUGUAAUUUUAUGGGGUAUAGGGAUGAAUAAGUGGAUGGAUGGAUUGAUAGAUGGAUGGAUGUGUAACCAGGUGGAUGAAGGUGGUUAGUGCAGAUAAAUGGAGCUCGUGUUCCGGGGGGUUGAAGGUUAAAGGUUAACGCUAUGCAGAUUUGAGUGAAUGUGUUUGAGCUCGUUGUUACGCAGCCGCAUGUUAAUGAUCUGCUUUCAGACAUGAAGCCAGACUGCUGUUACAUUAGUAAACAUGCCACAUGCAUAAACAUGAGCAGUCACACACACGGAUAUGUACAUGAAACGUGUGUGUGUGUGUGUGUGUGUGUGUGUGUGUGUGUGUGUGUGUGUGUGUGUGUGUGUGUGUGUGUCAACCAAAGAGCCAAUGAGAGAGAGCUAGAAAGAGAGAUUUGACAUUAACACACAAGGGGGUAGCAGUGCGCUCCUUUAUUUGUAUUUUAUUUUAUCUUGUGCUUGCGUGCCAACCAUCCAGUCCUCCUUUCUGUCCUUAUCCCUCUCUCCAUCCCCCUCUCCAGACGUGUGUUUGUGUCAUUGUUUGGCGAAUCAUUUCCCUGGAGCACGCUGCCGCCCAUCAGCGCUGUCUAGCCGAGGUCAAGCAGACAGACUGCAGAGGGCUUAGCCUGCUUUUGUCUUGCUAACACACACACACACACACACACAUGCCACAGCCUGACUCUGGAUGGCAGAUGGCCACUGGAGACUAUAAGGCCAGACACACAGCCCUCGUCCUCUUGUCCAGCUCAAUGAGAGCGUCCGUGUGCGCGCGCGAGUGUUUGUGCGUCCGAGCGCGCGUGCGUGUUGAGGUUUUAGAUAAAAGCAUCAGGCGUGCUUUCAGCCGGCCUCUUUGUUGUCGCGUGUCCUUUUUAUUUCCUCGUCAGGUUUCCCGCGUGCCACUCGGCCUCUCUUUCCUCCGGGUAUAAAACUCCCUGUAACGUUAUUGUAAUGUAUUAUAUGUUAUUGAUUUUUUUUUAAAGCAGUAAAUACAGUAUACGUGGCAGGACAUGAGGUUGUAGGGCUAGACCAAUUGCACAGGCUCGAAAUAUUUUGCACAAAGCGAACUAAACCGAUGGACUGAUGAGUGCUUCGGUGAAAACAAGUAGAUUUUGCUGGUUUGGGAGAAAAUGACCGGUUUUACAGGAUGAGGUUUGAGGGUGAGAUGUUUCCCAGCCAAUAAGAAACACUCUGUUAUUCAGUUCUCUAUUAAUUGGAUCUGAUGAGGGCAAAACUCUGCCAGAGGUCAUCUUAUUGUCUGGCGAACGAAUACAGCAGCAAAAAGGGAGUGAUUUGGUGGGAAAAACUGAACGAUGAACGCACACAUCAUUGGAGUUUCUCUUCUAAAAUGACCUGAUGUUAUGUUGCUGCAAUGUUUUAUUAAACCACUGCGAUUUGACUGCCA